CGGGUGUUUUUUUUAGAGGUAUAGAACUUUGAGUUGCAAUAAAACAACGAUGGAUUAUUCGAUUGACAUGAAUUUUUUUUAUUCGAAAGAUAAUCUUGUGGCAUUACAUUUAAUAUAUGAUUUCUGGCAUAUGUCCGCCUCGUCUGGCUCGGAUGUAGUCCAAUCUGGACGUCCAAUUUUCGAUGACUUUUCCCAACAUUUGCGGCCGUAUAUCGCCAAUAACACGGCGAAUCUUGUCUUCCAAAUGGUCAAGCGUUUGUUGUGUUAAAUCGGUCUCCAUCUUAAACAGUGAUACCAACUUAAAGUUCUAUACCUCUAAAAAAAACACCCUUUACUUUAUGUGGUCAGAAACGUCUUCUUUUUGUCUGACUGAAAUAAAUAAGUAUCCAUAAAAUCAAUUUUUGUCUAAUUUUUUUCUACCAGGAACUACCAUCAUCCUUCUUGCUAUAUUUUCAACCCACUAGUGUUCGUUGAUUAAACUAAUCAGAAGAAAUCGAGGUCCAAGGAUUUUUUGAAAAGUUUCAGUUAGAUUUAGAACUGAUGGAGUAGCUUCCGUGGAAAUAGACGGACAGACGAAACUGGCUAUAUCGACUAAUUAUGGUAAUUUCGAAAAUACUGCGUACUUUUAACGGUUAUAGCAUCGGCAAGGAAAUGUAAAUUUCAUUUAGUCUCAAAAUGGAAAUUGGUUGUUGGAAAAGUUUCAUGCCUUAUACAUUCCAUUUCGACUAUACCGGGAAACCAAGCUCUGAUAUGUGGACCUUGCUGCCGAUUUGAACUCUACUUUAUGUGUAACGUGCGGACCAAAAAACUGAGGCAGUUGCCUGACGGAAAUUUCCAAUGACUAUCAGUGACAGUGAGUGUCUAGAGCGAAUCUCACAGUCGGGUCACCCUUUCUUUUUUCCUCAUAUGCAUUUGUCCGGCUUCAUCAGAAGCUUUGUUUAGCUUGCAUACAAACAAAAUUUAAGCAGUCGAUUCUUUCAUGCCAAGGGGCAGUCUCGUUAUGUAUUUAUUAGCAAGCGGCUUACUGCUACUUCAGUUUAUUUCAUAUGCUUUGGGAGUUCCUCCCUUAGUAAGAGUUGGAGCAAUAUUUUCCAACCAACCCGGAAAAUAUAACUCGGAGUUGGCGUUCAGAUACGCAGUUCAUAGGCUAAAUCUGGAUAAAAGUCUUUUGCCUGAGACUACAGUUGAGUACUACAUUGAAUAUGUAAAUCGAUUGGAUUCCUUUGAGACAGUGCAAAAGGUGUGCAAACUUGUUGGUGUUGGUGUUCAAGCUGUUUUUAGCCCAACUGACUCGGUUUUGGCGACCCAUAUAAAUUCAAUUUGUGAUGCGCUGGACAUCCCAAAUAUAGGACGCUCCGCACAUGACUUUUCCAUUAACGUGUACCCAUCGCAGAAAUACGUAAAUCAAGCCUUUAAUGAUGUUAUUCACUAUCUAAAUUGGACCAGAUUUGGAAUUUUGCAAGAGACAGAAUAUGGAAUUAUUAAUCUGCAUCAGCUAUCCCGCUCUGUUCAGGGAGAAGUGCACAUGCGACAAGUUUCUCCCGGGUCGUAUCUGUCUGUAUUGAACGAAUUUAAAGGCAAGGAAAUACACAAUAUUAUUAUUGAUACAAAUUCGGACGGUAUAUCAAUCUUAUUAAAAAAUAUAUUACAGCAGCAAAUGAAUGAAUACAAGUACCAUUAUUUGUUUACCAGCUUUGACUUGGAAACAUAUGAUCUGGAAGAUUUUAAAUACAAUUUUGUAAACAUAACAUCUUUUCGAUUAGUCGACAUUGGAGAUGUUGGUGUAAAGCAGAUUUUGAAGGAUCUCGGAUCCUAUAGUCACCAUAUGUUUCAAAAACCUUACAUGAAUCCGCAUGUAAGGAAAUCCAUUUCCCUAGAGUCAGAACCAGCUUUAAUGUUUGACUCAGUGUACGUUUUUGCGAUUGGAUUGCAGACAUUGGAGCAAUCGCAAUCACACACUUUGAACCUAUUAAACAUGACCUGUGAUGCGGGAAUUCCUUGGAAUGGGGGCCUGAGUCUAAUUAAUUACUUAAAUGCGGUUGAAUGGAAAGGCCUAACCGGUCCAAUUCAAUUUAAAGAGGGCCAGCGAGUACAAUUCAAGUUGGACUUAAUUAAAUUAAAACAACACUCCAUUGUAAAAGUCGGAGAAUGGACACCUCAUGGACGUCUAAAUAUUACAGAACCAUCAAUGUUUUUUGAUUCUGGUUCCAUGAAUGUGACACUGGUGGUAAUAACAAUACUGGAAACUCCCUAUGUGAUGAUGCACUAUGGCAAGAAUUUUACGGGAAACGAACGAUUCUAUGGUUUCUGCGUUGAUAUAUUGGAAACCAUUUCCCAUGAGGUUGGGUUUGACUACAUACUGGAUUUAGUACCCGAUAGAAAGUAUGGCGCCAAAGAUCCCGAAUCUGGUGAAUGGAACGGAAUGGUCGCUCAGCUAAUGAAAUAUAAGGCAGACUUGGCCGUGGGCUCUAUGACUAUCACAUAUGCAAGAGAAAGCGUUAUUGAUUUUACUAAACCAUUUAUGAAUUUGGGAAUAAGUAUAUUAUUUAAGGUCCCAAGCUCAGAGCCAACAAGAUUGUUUUCUUUUAUGAAUCCAUUGGCAAUAGAAAUCUGGAUUUAUGUGCUAAUUGCUUACUUUCUCGUAUCGUUUUGUAUAUACAUUGUGGGAAAACUAUCUCCCAUCGAGUGGCAGCAUAUCCACCCCUGCGACUUAGAAAAUAUCUCAAUUGGCAACCAGUUCUCCUUAUCUGACAGUUUUUGGUUUACCAUUGGAACUCUUAUGCAACAGUCAACCGACAUUUAUCCGAGAGCAAUUUCCACACGAAUAAUUAGCAGUAUUUGGGGUUUUUUUUCGCUCAUUAUUGUGGCGUCUUACACGGCAAAUCUAGCUGCUUUUCUCACCACUGAGCGUAUGAUUAACCCUAUCGAAAACGCCGAAGAUUUGGCAUCACAAACGGAGAUAUCUUAUGGAACAUUGGAUAGCGGAUCUACGAUGACUUUUUUUCGUGACUCAAUGAUAGAAACGUACAAAAAAAUGUGGAGGAGCAUGGAUAAUAAGAAACCGACUGCGUUUACCUCUACAUAUGAGGAUGGUAUAAGGCGGGUUAACCAGGGUAACUACGCCUAUUUGAUGGAGUCCACAAUGCUUGAUUACAUCGUCCAGCGAGAUUGUAAUUUGACGCAAAUAGGAGGAUUGUUGGAUACGAAAGGAUAUGGUAUCGCAACACCAAAAGGUUCGCCUUGGCGGGAUAAAAUUUCGCUGGCUAUACUUGAGCUUCAGGAAAAGGGUGAUAUUCAAAUGUUGUACGAUAAAUGGUGGAAGAACACUGAUGAAACUUGUACUCGGCGAAGCACAAGCAAACAAUCCAAAGCCAAUGCUCUUGGUCUGGAGAGCAUAGGAGGUGUGUUUGUGGUUCUAAUAGCAGGAAUUUUCGUGGCUGCGGUGGUUGCGUUCUUCGAAUUUUGGUGUAAUUUUCGAUACCACCAUAAGGCUAGCACAAUUAAGCCGGGCAGCAAUAAUGAUUCCGUGCAAGGAGUGAUUUUGGAAAGCGAAUGGAGUUAUACCCCACCAGUUCGAUGCUUUUGGAUCGAAAUUUUUGAGGAACUGCGAUAUGCAUCAUGGUGUAUGAACAAACAAAAGAGACCUGAGCUAAAUCGAGUUUGUAGUGAAUGUAAAAUUUCACAAAGACCAACGUGUAUAUAACGCUAAACUACACUUUUGUACUUCUUCAUAUCGAUUAAGAUCAUUUUAGUUUCAUUGCUAGCACUAUAUCUGCUGUCAACUCUGAAAUUAAUAAAACAAAAUUUUAAAAGUUUUAUAUAUUUA